AUGGGCGAGCUUCCGGAGAUACGCGUAAAUCGCCAGGUUCGAGCGUUUGUUCACACCGGCGUCGACUAUGCCGGUCCUAUCGCCAUACUCAACGCUCCUGGCCGUGGGCACAAAUCUCAUAAAGCGUACAUUGCCUUAUUUGUUUGCAUGACAGUAAAGGCCAUCUACAUUGAGCUCGUAAGCGACUACAGCACAUCCGCUUUCAUCGCGGCAUACCAUCGCUUUGUCUCACGACGAGGGUUGCCAACCUCUCUAUAUUCCGACAACGGCACAACGUUCCAAGGCGCCGAAAAGGAACUCCGCACCGCCUUUCAUCAAGUGACCCGCAACACGAGCAUGCUGAACUGCGUCGCGACUGACGGAGUGGGGUGGCAAUUCAUUCCCCCUUCAGCUCCGCAUUUCGGCGGACUCUGGGAGGCCGUCGUCAAAAGCGUCAAACAUCAUCUUCGACGCUGCAUCGGCAGUCAGACGCUAACAUUCGAAGAAAUGACCACGCUCCUAUGUCGUAUAGAAGCCUCGUUAAAUUCUCGGCCCAUUGCCGCAGUCUCUGAUCACAUCGAUGACUACAAUCCGUUGACCCCGGGUCACUUUCUGAUCGGGACACCGCUCAUCGCUGCACCGGAGCCCAGAGUCGUAGCUUUCGCGCCUGAUGCACUAAGGCCGGUUAGGUUUCGGGGAUGUAGGGAUGCGCUGUGGGGUAGAACCUUUCACCAAAAACGGUCGCGUCUGGAGACGUACCAACCUGGUAGUCAACAGAUGGAGGUGAUUGGUCCCCAGAGGGCAUCCAGUUCUCAUCUAUGGCUCCACAUGCCACAUCCUGGAAACUGCAUCGACCUGCAGGCUAAACUAAAUGAGAAUAGCCAGAUAUGGUGA